UCCCGGCAACUCCUCCGCUGAUUCCCCGCCCGUUCUUUAUCCCCCUCGCCCUCCGAUAAACCCCUGAACUUUCCAAUUAUUACAUUUAGGUCCCUACAUAAGUUUGGUAAUUACAAAUAGCCCCUUUAGGGAGGAGACCUUGGCCGUGGAGGUUUCCAUAAAAGCCCUCCAAAUAGUUCCGGCUUUGCACGGACACGUCCCUCCCUCUCCCCCAGCCUCCGCCGCCGCUCGCCGGCCGGAGGAACCCUCUGAUGCCGCUGCCGCCGGUGUCGUGAGGUGGUAGGAUAUGGGCGGGGUGACGUCCUCGGUGGCCGCGAAGUUCGCGUUUUUCCCGCCCGACCCGCCGGCGUACGGCGUGGCCGACGAGGAGGAGCCGCCACCGCCGGGGUCGGCUGCUCCGGCGGCGGCGGCGACGGCGAGGAGGGUGUCUCUGACGGGGGUCCCGUGGAGGGAAGGUGUGGAGGCGAGGCGGGUGCGGACGCGGCGGGGCACGGAGAUCAUCGCCGUGUACGUGCGGUGCCCCAAGGCGAGGCUCACCGUGCUCUACUCCCACGGCAACGCCGCCGACAUCGGGAAGAUGUACGAGCUCUUCGUCGAGUUCAGCGCCCGCCUCCAUGUAAACCUCAUGGGGUAUGAUUAUUCUGGUUAUGGACGGUCAUCAGGCAAGGCAAGUGAAGCUAAUACCUUCGCUGACAUAGAGGCUGCAUACAAAUGCCUUGUGGAGGUAUAUGGCACCAGGGAAGAAGACAUUAUCCUGUACGGUCAGUCUGUCGGUAGCGGUCCGACUGUCGAUUUAGCUGCUCAGUUACAUCGUAUAAGAGCAGUAGUUCUGCACAGCCCCAUAUUGUCUGGCCUGCGUGUCAUGUAUUCUGUGAAGAAAACAUACUGGUUUGACAUAUACAAGAACAUUGAGAAAAUGCCCCUUGUUAAAUCUCCCGUUUUGGUAAUUCAUGGCACAAAUGAUGAUAUUGUCGAUUGUUCCCAUGGGAAGCAGCUAUGGGAGCUGUGCCAAAAUAAGUAUGAACCUCUAUGGAUCGAGGGAGGAGACCACUGUAACCUGCAGACCUUCCCAGUGUACAUAAGGCAUCUGAAGAAGUUCAUAUCGACGAUCGAAAAUAUGCCUUUGGAGAAAGAAUCAUCAUCAACCGAGAAUGAGAAGCUGCUAGCCGAAACCGAAACGGCUUCCGAUGGUUCUGCUCUCUCUGACGCUCCAUGGACGACCUCACAGAGGCUAGAGCCACCGAGGAAGAGCACGAGGCAUGAGCUGCCGCCUCGAUUGAGCAAUGAUCGUGUCGAUAAACGAAGGCGAAGCACGGGCCGCAGAGAGAAGCCAAGAUCCAUCGUGGAGAAGAAAGAAAAAUCAAGGAGAAGUGUUGACACAUUUGACAGGACGAGGGAUGAACACGAUCAGCCAGAUAAACCAAGAAAAAGCAUCGACAGGCUCGGAGAGAUGAUCAGAUCGAUGGGGCUCUGCAAUGUUGAUUGCUUCAAAGAGCCUCCUCGAAGCAUCGAGACUAGCCGAGAUCGGUGAUCGAUUCAGAGAGUGGCGUUGUGGCUGUAGCUAGUCUUCUCUCCCAUGUUAGAUGUCAACAUUGGUCUGUGUGGUGUGUGCUCCGGAUGAUGAUCAAAAUCAUAAACCAUCUAUGAACAGUAAAGAGAAAUAUAGCACGUCAUUUUUUUGUUUUUUUUUUA